UGGCGGAGAGACCAAAAAUCCCGGGCAAAUGUGAGAUUAUCAUAAAAUAAAAAGUAAUUAGUGAAUUUGUACAAUUUUAUAAUGAAUGCUGUUAAAUUUACUGGAAAAAAUCCAAGAGUGGUCGCGGGAAUGCGUUGCGCCUUAGACUGGACCUGCUGGGCGCUGUGUUUGUGCGCAUUCAUGUUUUUGGCCGUGAGCGCGCAGGAUUAUUCUGAGGACGACCAGAUGAUACUAGACCUGAUCCGCCAGGACGAGAAGAAACCCGAAAUCCUACCCGAACCUGCUGCUGAGUUCCUCAGGUGCAACAAGGCAGCAUGGCGUAUGCCAGGUCAGUACCUGGUGAUCCUGCGUCAGGGCUCCCAUGACUCUCAAGUCCAAAGGACCAUCAGGAGGCUGCAAGCCAAGGCAGUCAGGAGAGGAUACCUGCUGGAGAUCCUGCAAACCUACUCUAGAGCUUUGCACGGCUUCCUGGUCAAGAUGAGCAGUGAUGUCCUUCACAUGGCGGUGAAGUUACCUCAUGUGGAUUACAUAGAGGAGGACUCGUCUAUCUUUGCUCAAAGUGUCCCCUGGAACCUUAAGAAGUUACUGCAGCCUCACACCGCCACAUCGGACACUGGGGAAUACACACCACCUAAUGAUGGCGGCAUGGCAGAGGUGUAUCUGAUGGACGGCAGCGUUCAGAGUUCCCACAGAGAGAUUGAGGGCCGUGUGCUCAUCACAGACUUCAGCAAUGUCCCUGAGGAGGAUGGAGUCAGAGUUCACAGACAGGCCAGUCAGUGUGACAGUCAUGGUACACACAUGGCUGGGGUUGUGAGUGGGCGAGACUCUGGUGUUGCCAGGGGCACCAGUGUUAACCUGGUUCGUGUGCUCAAUUGUCAAGGGAAGGGGACUGUAUCAGGAGCCCUGGCAGGGUUGGAGUAUGUCCGAGCAGCCUUACUGGCCCGUCCAACGGGUGCAGUAGUUGUGUUGCUGCCUUUCAUCGGUGGCUUCAGCCGUUCAUUAAACAUGGCCUGUCGGGACAUGGUGCGUGAUGGAGCUGUGGUCAUUGCUGCUGCAGGCAACUUUAGAGAUGACGCUUGCCUCUACUCACCUGCCUCAGAGCCCGAGGUCAUCACUGUGGGAGCCGUGAACUCAGCAGACCAGCCCGUGUCACUGGGAGCAGGUGGCACCAACUUUGGUCGGUGUGUUGAUCUGUUUGCACCAGGCGAUGAUAUAGUCAGUGCCAGCAGCGACUGCAGCACCUGUUUCACUUCCCUUAGUGGGACCUCCCAAGCUGCUGCCCAUGCUGCUGGUAUAGCAGCAGUGAUCCUGUCCUCUAGUCCGAAUGCAUCAUCAGUGCAGGUCCUCCAGAAGAUGCUGCGUUACUCCAUUAGCAACACAAUCAACCCCCUGUCUCUACCUGAAACACACCGUCUCUCCACACCAAACCUGGUGGCAGCCAUGCCACCUGAUACAGCAGACAACAACACAGAUGUGGAGCUUCUGUGUCGGUCAGUGUGGUCUGAGAGGUCCGGGGUCCUGACUGCUGACAAGGCAGUCAUCAGCUGUCGUCAAGGUGAGGAGAUGAUGGGUUGUACCAGCUACGCCCCUGAUGGGGUCCGCAUGGGAGAGGCCAUCAUUGAAAAUAAUGGGCAGAUGGAUUGUGUUGCUCAUAACGGGCCAGGGGGUAAAGGGGUGUAUGCCGUGGCCCGUUGCUGCGUUGUGAGUGGUCUGCAGUGCCAAGUCCAUUCCAGUUCUGAGGCUGGACAAGAUGCUGAGUGUGUCAGCAAGCAACACUACCUGACUGGCUGCAGUUCUUGGUUUGGUGCUGAGGUCUUGUCUGACUCACGUCCUCAUCAUGGUGAGCGGAGGCGUUGCAUGGUGAGGGAGGGGGUGACAUCGAACGCAGUAUGCUGCCAUGCUCCGUCUCUGGAAUGUCACCUGUUGGAACACAUAUCAUCUGAUAGUGAGCAGGCUGAGGUGUCCUGUCCCUCUGGCUGGACUUUGACAGACUGCACUGCAGUCUCUCGGGGCUCUGCUAUCUUGGGGCCGGUUGCUAAGGGCAACAGUUGCUUUGUCCGGAGUGCCACAGGAGUGGAAGGGGCAGCUGGCAUCGCUGUGUGCUGUCGCAUUCGACAACCACAGCAGCCUACCACGUCUCCUCACUCCUAGGCUCUUGCCACUUUGAUGUCCAACACCUUGGAAGCAGAAUAUUGUCGGUUGUCAGGUGCUGAGUUGUCACCUUUGUCUUUGACCACUUUUACUCCUCUUUACUAUACCUCUGAAAACACCUUAACCAUUUGUAUUCCGUCAUGACUGUAAGCAUCUCUGCAGAAGUGCUGGGUGUGCUUCAUGGUUUAGGAUUAGGUGAUAUGUGUUCCUUUAAGCAUCUUGUACUGAUGCUUCAGAUUUAUGAAUGUUGCCUCAUCUUGCACAUGUACACUGACUUGGUAGCUUUUUUGAAACCACGUCAUAUAUGAUUCUUUAUCCUUGA